AUUAAUCUAGUGCUAGCCCUAACAAUCAACACCCUAUUAACCUCGCUACUGAUAAUUAUCAUAUUCUGACUACCCCAGCUCAACCCCUAUACAGAAAAAACCAGCCCCUACGAGUGCGGAUUUGACCCCCUAAACCCUGCUCGCAUCCCAUUCUCAAUAAAAUUCUUCCUAGUUGCCAUUACUUUCCUGCUAUUUGACCUAGAAAUCGCCCUACUACUAUCUCUACCGUGAGCCAUUCAAACAACAAACCUCCCAAUAAUAAUCAAAUCGACCAUUGCCUUUAUUAUUAUCCUAAUUCUCAGUUUAACCUAUGAAUGAACCCAAAAAGGGUUAGACUGGGCCGAAU